CUCUCCCCCUCUCUCUCUCUCUCUCUCUCUCUCUGUUCUCAGCCCUAGCCGCAACUGAGAGAAGUGAAUAACAAGAGGAAGAAGAAGAAAAAGAAAGGACAGGAAAACCCCUAGAUCCGGCCAUGGCGUCUCGCCGGGUCCUCUCCUCCCUCCUCCGCUCCGCCUCUCGCCGCCGCCCCUCUGCCUCCUCCCCUCCUCUCCCGCGCCGUCGAGUACGCCACCUCCGCCGCCGCGGCGGCGCCGUCGCCAACUCCGGCGAAGACAUCCGGCGGAGGCCCCAGCGGGAAGAUCACCGACGAGUUCACCGGCGCCGGCGCGAUCGGGCAGGUGUGCCAGGUGAUCGGCGCCGUCGUCGACGUGCGCUUCAACGAGGGGCUGCCGCCGAUCCUCACGGCACUGGAGGUGCUCGAUAACUCCAUCCGCCUCGUCCUCGAGGUCGCGCAGCAUCUCGGGGAGAACAUGGUCAGGACCAUCGCCAUGGACGGGACCGAGGGUCUCGUCCGUGGCCAGAGGGUUCUCAACACUGGAUCUCCGAUCACUGUUCCUGUCGGUAGGGCAACCCUUGGACGCAUUAUCAAUGUCAUUGGUGAACCAAUUGAUGAGAAGGGUGAAAUAAAGACCAGUCACUUCCUUCCCAUUCAUCGUGAAGCCCCUGCUUUUGUCGAGCAAGCAACAGAACAGCAAAUUCUUGUUACUGGAAUCAAAGUGGUGGAUCUUCUUGCACCUUAUCAACGGGGUGGAAAGAUCGGGCUUUUCGGUGGUGCCGGUGUGGGGAAAACUGUCCUUAUUAUGGAGUUGAUCAACAAUGUAGCUAAAGCUCAUGGUGGUUUCUCUGUCUUCGCUGGUGUUGGGGAGCGAACACGAGAGGGCAAUGACUUGUACAGGGAAAUGAUUGAAAGUGGUGUCAUUAAGCUUGGAGACAAGCAGGCUGAGAGCAAGUGUGCCCUGGUGUAUGGACAAAUGAACGAGCCACCUGGUGCCCGUGCACGUGUUGGGCUGACUGGCCUGACUGUUGCUGAGCAUUUCCGUGAUGCCGAAGGCCAAGACGUGCUUCUAUUUAUUGAUAACAUUUUCCGUUUUACUCAGGCAAACUCUGAAGUGUCUGCGUUGCUUGGGCGUAUCCCGUCUGCUGUGGGUUACCAACCAACUCUAGCUACUGAUCUUGGAGGUCUACAAGAGCGUAUCACAACAACAAAGAAGGGUUCUAUUACAUCUGUGCAAGCUAUUUAUGUGCCUGCUGAUGACUUGACAGAUCCAGCUCCUGCUACUACAUUUGCCCAUCUUGAUGCCACUACUGUGUUGUCACGACAGAUUUCUGAGCUUGGUAUCUAUCCUGCUGUCGAUCCCCUUGACUCCACAUCUAGAAUGCUUUCUCCACAUGUACUGGGGGAAGAGCACUACAACACUGCUCGUGGUGUUCAGAAGGUUCUUCAGAACUACAAGAACCUUCAAGAUAUUAUUGCAAUUUUGGGAAUGGAUGAGCUUAGUGAAGACGACAAGUUGACGGUGGCUCGUGCUAGAAAGAUCCAGAGGUUCCUGAGCCAGCCUUUCCAUGUUGCUGAAGUUUUCACGGGUGCACCUGGAAAGUAUGUUGAACUGAAAGAAAGUAUUAAGAGCUUCCAGGGUGUUUUGGAUGGGAAGUACGAUGACCUUCCCGAGCAGUCAUUUUACAUGGUUGGUGGCAUAGAGGAAGUCAUCGCGAAGGCUGAGAAGAUAGCGAAGGAAUCUGCCACUUAAUGAAGCAUCUUCUCUUUGCAUUUUAAAAAAACUGAAAUGGUGCGGGUGAUGAUACCAGCAUUGGACGGUUGCAAAUUUUUGAGGUCGAAAAAUUUCAGUCUUUUGUCCUCUGUUUAUGCUUACCAGGACUUGGUUUCGAGCAGCAGAGCAGAGUGCAUGCUCUGAGGGAUGUUUUCUUUUUUUUACCUUCUUUUCCCAAUAAAGUAAAUUCAGGUACCUGUCUAAUUUGUUGCAUCGAGAUAAAAUGCACUUUGCACUGCAUGAACAACCAAUGGCUAUUUGGAACUAUUUAUGUAACUUUUAUCCAUGUGAUUUGUGCUUUAUAAAGUCCUUGUUUCCGUAGUA